UUUUGCCCUUUUACUGGCUUUCUAUUCUGGCCUUUAAAAUGCUCCGCCCUGAGAUAUUUCUCUCUCUCGGCCCCUCCCUGUGACUUCUUUCUUUUGCUCUCUUUAAUGGCGAAGACACGGGAGAGAGACACCUGGAUGCGGUCAGAGGCCCACUUCUCCGGCGCCAACUCCGAUGCCGAUCCGGACCCGCCACGCACAGCCGCCAAUCGCACCCUCCAGCGCCUCCUCCAAUCCGAUGAUCUCUGCGCCCAAAUCCAGGCGGCCGAGGAGAUUCGCCGCCUCACUAAGACCUCCAACCGCUGUCGCCGUCACUUCUCCACCGCCGUGCCGCCCCUCGUCGGUAUGCUCCGCCGCCCCGGUUCCGCCGAGGCCCACGAGGCCGCCCUUCUCGCGCUCCUCAACCUCGCCGUCAAACACGAACAAAAUAAGGUUUCUAUUGUGAGUUCUGGUGCCUUGGAACCAAUCAUCGGCUUUCUACAGUCAGAGAUUUCAAAUCUACAGGAGUAUGCAACUGCAUCUCUACUCACGUUGUCUGCGUCCUCUGUCAACAAGCCAAUAAUUGGUGCUUCUGGUGCCAUCCCUCUGCUUGUCGAAAUACUGAGACACGGGACUGCGCAAGCCAAGGCCGAUGCUGUGCUCGCGCUUUACAACCUCUCAACACACUUGGACAAUCUUCUCUUAAUCCUCAAUGCAGAACCUGUUCCUCCUAUAGUUGACCUGCUUAAAACCUGUAAAAGAUCUUCAAAAAUAGCUGAAAAAUGUACAGCUCUUAUAGAAUCUUUGGUGGGUUUUGAUGAGGGCAGAACUGCGUUGACAUCUGAAGAAGGUGGAGUGCUUGCAGUAGUCGAAGUGCUUGAAAGCGGGUCUCUUCAAAGCCGGGAGAAUGCAGUUGGGGCGCUUCUGACAAUGUGUCAAACUGACCGGUGUAAAUAUAGGGAGCCAAUUCUCAAAGAAGGCGUAAUCCCUGGCCUGCUUGAGCUCACUGUUCAAGGAACGCCCAAGUCUCGGACGAAAGCCCAGACACUCCUCCGGCUACUGAGGGACUCACCUCAUCCUAGAUCCGAGCUUCAGCCCGACACGUUAGAGAACAUAGUUUCUGACCUUAUAUCUCAGAUGGAGGGUGACGAGCAAUCAGGUAAAGCCAAGCAGAUGCUGGCCGAGAUGGUACAGGUUAGCAUGGAACAGAGCUUGAGACAUUUACAACAACGGGCCCUGGUGUGCACCCCAGCCGAUCUGCCCAUUACCAACAACUGUGCUUCCGAAGUUUCUUCAAAAUAAUUGCCCGCGUUCAUAACCGCAGGUGGCUUCUUGAGAGAAAAAUCCGUGUGCGUAGCAAUACUCGUAGGACAGGAAUAAGUUGCAGCAGGAUGCCAGUCCAGGCCUUUGCGAUGGUAUCAGGUGACUGGUCGAUAAAUGUCAAUAAAUUGCAAGUUUUUAUGAAGAAGAAGCUGAAAAUUCUGGUGCUGUAAACAGUUUCUGUAAAUAACUGGUGUAUUGAAUUGUCACGUACAUUCAAUUCAGGGAUGGCUUUCUUAGUUUUCUUUUUACCU